GCCGCCACAUGCGCAUCGAUCGAGUACGCUCGUGUUCGCUCUCUUCCCGUCUCCAUUCGCAUGGAGACAUCUGAUAGCACUUCUUGAAGUGUCCUUCAGUUGAGAUUUAAGAACUAUCCGAAGUGACCUCUGAUUGGAUAUGAGAGCAAAGUGGAGGAAGAAGCGGAUGCGCAGGCUGAAGCGAAAGCGCAGGAAGAUGAGGGCAAGGUCCAAGUAAACUAUCCUUCACACUGUAGCAUCUCCACAUAUCCUGAUUUGGUCAAGGUUGGAGAGGGAAAGAAAGGAAGAAUGAAUGUAGAAGAAGCUCCUAAGGAUCCUUUGCUCAGCCCUUUGCCAUCGUUAUUGAAAGAUGUUCUGACACCCCUUGGGCAGAAGUUGGUAUUGAGAAGUCAAACUCGAUCAAGAGAAGCUCCAUUUGCUGAGAAGUACUUGCGUCACUUCCUCCCAGUGACUGACCAGAGUGGAUUGAAAGAGGGACUGCACAGUGGAUUUGUGUUGGGAAAUGUGCGGCUUGAUCGACCUAAACAACAGCCAAGGGUGAGGAGAAAACAACUGAGUGCCCGGGAAAGGAGACGCCUUGGGAUCCAUAGGCUGGAUGCCAAGAAUCGCCGCUUCUCUGAGUUCCUGCCACUUCACCGUCUCUGGCAAGGAUACAUGCGGGAGUUUCUGGGUUUGGAAGGACUGAAACAACAAGGCUGGGAAUGCAAGCAUUGGGAGGGUCCUCAUGCUCGUCUCUUGACCAAGCUCUGCCGAGCAGACUAUCACGGUUGCCUCUUGAAGGUGACUGCAUCUCGUUGUCCAUCUCUCAUUGGAAUCUGUGGCAUUGUGGUGAAGGAAACAAGGAAUUCUUUUCUCAUCAUGGAGCGAUCCAACACCAUAAAGACCCUUCUCAAGGAUGGUUCACAUUUUGGGUUCCUGCUAGAUGGGUAUUUUUUCACCUUGUAUGGGACCGCUCUUCUGAUGCGUCCUGCAGACCGUUCCACAAGGAAGUUCAAGAUCAACAAGAACACUGUCCAGCUUUAGACCUCACUCAGGAUCAUGUGUUUGAUGUUUCAGGUUUAUUUUGACCUUUGUUCAAUGAUAAAUGGAAUAUAACCUCA